AUGUCCUCCUUCGCUCGCAACGUCCUCCGCACUGCGGGCAAGGCCAAGAGCCUCCCCGCCUACUCUCGCAACGCCAUCCCUUCCUCCUCGCGCUUCGUUCAGCUCACCGCCGAAGCAUCCCGCCCUCAGCAGGAUCUUCCCGAAUCCAAGUCCGAGAAGUUCAAGGUCGACCUCAACGCCGACUCCUUCAAGGGCUACAAGUUCGACGUGCCCAAGCUCGAGUGGGAGACCUCCAAGGAUGAGCUCGUCCACCUCUACGCCGAGAUGGUCAAGAUGCGAAGGAUGGAGAUGGCCGCGGAUCAGCUGUACAAGCAGAAGCUCAUUCGUGGGUUCUGCCACUUGGCCAUCGGUCAGGAAGCCGUGGCUGUGGGAAUGGAGGCCGGUAUGAAGCCCUCGGACAAGCUCAUCACUGCGUACCGUUGCCAUCCCUUCACCGUGCAGAAGGGUGGUUCGAUCAAGAGCGUCAUUGCUGAGCUCUUCGGACGCGAGGCAGGUAUCUCCAAGGGAAAGGGUGGUUCGAUGCACAUGUUCACCCCGACCUUCUUCGGUGGUAACGGUAUCGUGGGUGCCCAGGUGCCCGUCGGUGCUGGUAUCGCUUUUGCCCAGCAGUACAUGAACUCCGGAGACGCUACUUUCGCCAUGUACGGUGACGGCGCUUCCAACCAGGGUCAGGUCUUCGAAGCUUACAACAUGGCCAAGCUCUGGAACUUGCCCUGCGUGUUCGUCUGCGAGAACAACAAGUACGGCAUGGGUACCUCGGCGGAACGUUCGUCCAUGAACACCCAGUACUACACCCGCGGCGACGUCAUCCCCGGUAUCCAGGUCAACGCCAUGGACGUCCUCGCCGUAGCAGCAGCCACCAAGCACGCCUCCGAAUUCACCCUCGGCGGCAAUGGUCCUCUGCUCAUGGAGCUGGUCACCUACCGAUACGGUGGUCACUCUCUCUCCGACCCCGGUACCACCUACCGCACGCGUGACGAGAUCCAGACCAUGCGCUCCUCGUCCGACCCCAUCCAGGGCUUGAAGACCAGGAUGCUCGACUGGGGCGUCGUCGAGGAGGCCCAGCUCAAGAAGAUCGACAAGGCCGCAAAGGAGGAGGUCGACCAGGCCGUCGAGGAGGCAAAGCAGAGCCCACAGCCCAAGGAGGAGACCCUCUGGACCGAUAUCUACUACCCCGGUACCGAGCCUGAUUGGAUGCGUGGUAGGGACCGCACUGAGAUCCACCGUUACCGUUGA